AUUUUUUUUUUAAAAAAAGAGUGCGAGGGAGAGCAGACGAUACAAACAAAAACUUUGACAAGUAUAAUAGACUUCAGCCACACAACCAUAAACCAAACAAAAAAAAAAAAACUUUCAAACUACGUCUUUGAGUGGGAAAUCCUUUUGCACACACGACACAAAACCUAAUUUAGUUUGUUUACACUUUUUUUUUCUCUUUUAUUGUUUUUUCAUUUCCUUCAAAAAUCCAACAAAAAAAAAAAAAAAUGUCAGUGACAGUAAGAGUGGCUUUGCGUGUACGGCCUUUCAACGAAAAAGAAAAAGACAACAAUAAGCUUAUUACAUUUAUACCAGAACAACCACAACAAAUUAAAAUUGGUCAGGAUCGUCCUCAAAGCUACACAUUUGACUACGUCUAUCCACCUGAAAUCAGCCAAUCACACGUGUAUAACUCUUGCAUACAACCUCUAUUUGAUCAAUUUACCGAAGGAUACAAUGCCACCAUUUUAGCAUAUGGUCAAACAGGCAGCGGAAAGACCUAUAGUAUGGGUACUUCAACACGAUCCGAUACAGCCAAUCAAGGUAUCGUACCUCGUUUUACCGAAAACCUAUUCGAAUGGAUUCAAAAUCAAGGCGAUCCAACCAAAUUCAAGGUCAAGGUAUCCUUUUUAGAACUGUAUCACGAAGAUAUUAUCGACCUUUUAAAUACAAAUACCGCCGCCUCCGUCAAUAUUCGUGAAGAUGUCUUUGGAAACAUAUCUUGGUCUGGCGUACAUGAACAAUCUGUAGGCAACGCUGCAGAUCUUUUAAGUUGUUUAGAUUUAGGUUCGAAUUCACGUACAACCGCUUCAACUGAUAUGAACAGCAGUUCAUCACGAUCCCAUGCUAUUUUUACGGUCACCUUGGUUCAGCAAUUAGAACAAUCGGUCAUCCAUUCUAAAUUUCAUUUUGUAGAUUUAGCAGGCUCUGAACGAUUAAAACGAACCAACGCAAAGGGAGACCGAGCACGCGAGGGUAUCUCAAUUAAUUCAGGUCUCCUAGCUUUAGGCAACGUCAUUUCUGCUUUGGGGGAUGAAAAGAAGAGAAAGUCAAAAAGUAGUCAUGUCCCUUACCGAAAUUCCAAGUUGACACGACUCUUGCAGGAUAGUUUGGGUGGCAAUAGUCAAACACUAAUGCUAGCGUGUGUAUCUCCUGCUGAUUCCAACGCCAAUGAAACCACCAGUACUUUGAAGUAUGCCAAUCGUGCCAAAAAUAUCACUAAUCGUGUGGUCAUCAAUCAGCAGUUAUCAGAAGUAGAUACCAUGAAGGUUGAAAUUGCACGAUUGAGACAAGAGAUACAAAUUAAUGAUGCCUUUAUGAAGGAAGUUCAUUUGGAGUUAGAUGAUUUAAGAGCCAAAAAUAAUGCAUUAUCAUCUAGGGGAGAGGCCAAUAACGAAAAUGUUGUUGAUGAUGAUGAUGGUAUUACUUUGAUUGGUUCCAACAGCUCUAGUAAGCCUGUCAAAUCUACCAGUUCAAAACGCAAAACCUAUACCAAGAAGAAGCAAGUCAAUGUCGUCUUUUCAUUGGAUAAACAAAGAUCACGAAACAAAAAGGAAGCUUUAUUCAUCAAACAAAUGAAAAAUGAUAACAUACCAACGGAUCCUUUAUUCAUCAAAAUGUUGAACAUGUUUCAGACAAGUGUCAAAGAACAAAAGGCAUUGAUACAACAAUUAGAGCAACAACCUAUUCAAUCUGAAAGUUUAAACUCCUUACCACCACCCCCUCCUCUUCUUCCUGUUAUCAAUAUCACGAAAAAAAAUAAUAAACCUAGUCUCAUGAAGCAACCCAAUACCAUCCAUAUCCCACAACAACAACAACAACACGAGACCACACACCGUUUAACAAUGGUUGUAGAAGAAAACCAAGCUAUGCCUAUGCAAUUAAAGCAAAUCGCCAUGCAUGUCAAAAAAGCCCUUACCUAUUUAACUGAGAAUAGUCCCACCAUGCAACAAGUAAAACUCGCAUUAAAUCGAAUUCAUGUUAUUUGCAACACAAGCAGGUCCACCAAGUCCGUAACUACAACAACAACCAAAAGUAGCGAAGUCGUUAUCAAGCGACCCGCCAUGACUGCAAUCUCUAAUAAACGUAUAAAUAUUGCAGAUAGUCAUCGAGAAAUUCAAAGAAUAAUAGCAUUUGAUAAUAUCAAAUCCAAUGCGUUCUGUACAGAAAUGUUAAAGACACUUAAACAAAAGAAAUUGACACUGAUACGAGAACAAAAAGACUUAUUAAAAGAACGAAAAUCCAUGCUAAAAGAAUUUUAUCAAGAUGAUUAUGCGGAUCAACAACAAAACCAACAAUACAUGGAUGAACGUAUUGAUAUCAUUACGUUGGAAGCGGAUUUUAUCACUGAACAAAUUAAAUUAUUACAACCCACCAUUACAAGCCAUAAGAUUGAAAAGAAUCUAAUUGAUGUAUUGAAACCUUUAAAAGAACAAGAUCUUCGAUCGCUGCUAUUUAUGAUGAUCCAGCACGACUUGAUCUCUUCUAAUAUUACAGAACAGUUGCAUCAGCUAAAAUCAAGUGCGUUGGAGAGAUACCAACAAAGUCUGAUUCAGUUGAGGAGAGAUCAUGGCGAUGGUAUACAUAUGAACACUCAAGUAUUAAUGGACUUGAUGAAAUCACCUAUUAAAUGCUUAUCGAAUGGCUUGGUCUUGAUGAAUUCUGUAAAACCGUAGUUUUGAUUGGGCAAAUCGAGGUGAGACGAAAUAAAGUUUUUUUUUUUUUUAAA